AUGGCCCCACAGCCCAACGGAACAGCGGAGGCACCCAUCGAGGUGUCUGCGAUACCCACUGUUGUUGGAAUUAACUUCGGCAACUCCUACGCGUCGAUCGCGGAAGGCUCUGCUGAUUGCAUUGCCAAUGAGGAUGGCGAACGUCAGAUUGCCUGUGCCGUCUCGUUCCAUGGGGAGGAAGUGUACAUCGGCAAUCAGGCCAAGCACCAGCUGGUGAAGAAUGCGCAUAACACGAUCACAGGUUUCCGUAACCUACUUGGCAAAAAAUUCUCUGAGAUCCCAUCAGACAAGCUGCUAGUCUCUGCUCCUGUCAUUGAGCACCCAGAGCAGCCGGACGUACCUGCAUAUAAGGUACAAGUCCUGCAGGCCGCCCCCACACCUCUGCUCAAGACUGCAACGAACACUCCUGCCGCGUCGAACGCUGCCACGCCCCGCUCGGAGCCCACGCCUGCCGAGCGUAUUUUCACAGUAUCCGAAGUCACGACCAUCUUCCUCAAGUCGCUCAUCCAGUCUGCGGAGGACUUCCUUGGCAAGAAGGUGCAGGGCGCAGUGAUCAGCAUCCCUGCGUGGUUCGAAGACACGCAGCGUGCGGCGCUCGAGAAGGCUGCGGAGGAUGCUGGCGUAAAGGUUCUUCAACUCCUCGAGGAAGCCGGCGCCGUCGCUGUGGCCACUGCCUCAUCGCCGGGCCUGAACCAGGACCGCACGCAACUCGUGGUCGACCUCGGCUCAUCUGCUCUUGAGCUCUCACUGCUCUCUAUCAGACAGGGCCUUGCCUUUUCGCUUGCGACGCUCUCGGACCCAACCGUCGGCGGCGACGCGAUUGACGGCAAACUCAUCAAGCACUUCGCCAAGGAGUUCACCAAAAAGACGAAGACGCCGCUUACCGUCUCGCCUGCGACGGAGGCACAAGACAAGCGCGCAGAAGCGAAACUGCGUCUCGCAGUUGAGCAUACGAAGCGUACCCUGUCAGCGUCCCCCGGCGCAGCAACGUGCUCCGUCGAAUCGCUCAAGGACGGGCUCGACUUUACCGGCACGAUCACGCGCCUGCGCUUCGACAUGGAGGUACGCACAGUAUACGAUACCGUGUACGCGCGCGUGAAGGAGCUUGCAGAGCGCGCGAAUGUCGAUCUGUACGACAUCGACGAGAUUGUGUACGUCGGUGGCUCCGCGAGCCUGCCCGGGCUCGACGAGACGCUCUCGCAGGGCUUCCAGGAGUCCGUCGUGACGCCGUUCACCGCAGGCACAGUCUUCGGUGGCGGUGUGGGCGACCCGACGGCGAUUCUCGCGCGCGGAUGCGCAGUGCAGGCGAACCUCGUUGCUAUGCUCGCGGAGGGUACCGAGGAGGAGCGCGAGGUGAAGAGCGCGUUCGCAAGCGGGAGCAAGUGGACGCAGGCAAAGGCGACGUCGAAGACGGUCGGUAUGCUCUUCCCCGAGGAGAACGCGGAGGGCCUGCUGGGUGGGCAGUGGGUGCCUGCUGUGCUGAAAGACACCCCUGUGCCUUGCCGCCGCACCAGCCGCUUCGAUGUGGAUCUCGGAGAGGGGGGUGGCGAGAAGCGCGUGGGCUUCGAGGUAUGGGAGGUCAAGGAGGGCGUCAAGAUCGAAAACGUGAAGCCGCCGAAGGACGAGGACAACGUGCCCCCGGAGGAGGGCGAGGAGGAAGAGGAGGAAGAAGAGAUCGAAGUGAAGGAAAAGACGCUGGAGAAGGACGCUCUCCUGACGUCGCUGGUAUUUGCGGCGAAGGAAGCGAAGAAAAACGGAGGCCGAUGGACUACAGCCAUCGACGUGCAGUUCGUCGUGGACGACCAAGGGGGUCUUGAAAUCAGUGCUUGGGAGAUCGGCCCCUCUGGCAGGGGCGAGAAAACGACGGUCAAUGUACCUGCAUUGUAGACGUAACAUGUUAGAUGCAUGUCCAAUUCGUGUAGCUGGAUAUAGAGUUGCAGCUUGCUUUCUACCGCCUGCAACGGUUUGCGCUCC